AUGCUACGCCUGGGUGCGCAGCGGCUGCGGGGCCUCCCGCUGCGGGGCUUACUGCUACCUGGCUCCCCCGGCCAGCCGCGCUCCGUCAGCGGCUCCGUCAGCGGCCUGGAAGGAAAGGACAACCCAGCCUCAUCUGCGGAAACAAGAUGGAAAGAGAGAGCAGAGACAGUGAUUAUCGGAGGUGGUUGCAUUGGUGUGAGUCUGGCGUAUCACCUGGCUAAAGCGGGGAUGAGAGAUGUGGUCCUGCUGGAGAAAUCAGAGCUCACUGCCGGAUCCACGUGGCAUGCAGCAGGUUUAACAACGUACUUUCAUCCUGGAAUAAACUUGAAGAAAAUACACUAUGAUAGCAUCAAACUUUAUGAGAAACUGGAAGAAGAAACUGGACAGGUGGUGGGAUUCCAUCAGCCAGGUAGUAUCAGGCUUGCUACAACUCCUGUAAGGGUGGAUGAAUUUAAAUAUCAAAUGACUCGAACCCGCUGGCAUGCAACGGAACAGUAUAUUAUUGAACCUGAGAAAAUUCAAGAGAUGUUCCCUUUACUCAACAUGAGUAAGAUUUUAGCUGGACUGUAUAAUCCUGGAGAUGGUCAUAUUGAUCCUUACUCUCUAACUAUGGCCCUGGCUGCUGGGGCCAGGAAAUAUGGCGCCCUUUUAAAAUACCCUGCGCCAGUGACUUCUCUGAGAGCCAGGUCAGAUGGAACAUGGGAUGUUGAAACACCGCAGGGAUCGAUGAGAGCAAACAGAAUUGUGAAUGCUGCAGGAUUUUGGGCUCGUGAAGUAGGUAAAAUGGUUGGACUGGAACAUCCUCUCAUUCCGGUUCAGCAUCAAUAUGUUGUCACGUCGACUAUCCCUGAAGUAAAAGCUUUGAAACGAGAGCUCCCUGUGCUCCGCGACCUGGAAGGGUCUUACUACCUCCGACAGGAAAGGGAUGGGCUCUUGUUUGGUCCCUAUGAAAGUCAGGAGAAAAUGAAAGUUCAGAGUUCGUGGGUCACCAACGGAGUCCCUCCAGGGUUUGGAAAGGAGCUCUUUGAGUCUGAUCUAGACCGAAUCAUGGAGCACGUCGAGGCUGCCAUGGAAAUGGUUCCAGUCUUGAAAAAGGCUGACCUCAUCAACAUUGUCAACGGGCCUAUCACCUAUUCUCCUGACAUUCUGCCGAUGGUGGGUCCCCAUCAGGGGGUCAGAAACUACUGGGUAGCUAUAGGCUUUGGAUAUGGCAUAAUUCACGCUGGUGGGGUAGGGAAGUACCUCAGUGACUGGAUCCUGCAUGGAGAGCCCCCUUUUGAUCUGAUAGAACUGGACCCCAAUCGCUACGGCAAAUGGACAACCACUCAGUACACGGAGGCCAAAGCACGAGAGUCGUACGGAUAUAACAAUAUUGUUGGGUAUCCUAAAGAAGAACGGUUUGCCGGCAGACCAACUCAGCGAGUCAGUGGGCUUUAUAAAACCCUGGAGUCUAAAUGUUCCAUGGGGUUCCAUGCAGGCUGGGAACAGCCACACUGGUUUUAUAAGCCAGGCCAGGACACCGGGUACAGGCCAAGUUUUCGCCGCACAAACUGGUUUGAGCCUGUGGGCUCUGAGUAUCAACAGGUUAUGCAAAGAGUAGGGGUGAUUGACCUGUCGCCGUUUGGCAAGUUUAACAUCAAAGGCCAAGAUUCUAUGAGACUGUUGGACCAUCUCUUCGCAAAUGUCAUUCCAAAGGUGGGUUUUACAAACAUAAGUCACAUGUUAACCCCAAAAGGUCGAGUGUACGCUGAGUUGACUGUUUCUCACCAGUCUCCUGGGGAAUUUCUGUUAAUAACUGGCUCUGGAUCAGAACUUCACGAUCUCAGAUGGAUUGAAGAAGAGGCAGCCAAAGGUGGAUAUAAUGUUGAAAUUAAAAAUAUAACUGAUGAGCUUGGAGUUCUCGGAGUUGCAGGACCGCACGCAAGAAAGGUCCUUCAGAAGCUGACCUCUGAAGAUCUUAGUGAUGACGUUUUCAAGUUUCUUCAAACCAAAUCUUUAAAGCUUUCCAAUAUUCCCGUCACUGCUAUUAGAAUAUCUUACACUGGUGAGCUGGGCUGGGAGCUGUACCACAGACGAGAAGAUUCUGUAGCACUGUAUCGCAUCAUCAUGGAUGCAGGCCAGGAGGAGGGAAUCGACAAUUUCGGAACAUAUGCCAUGAAUGCCUUAAGACUGGAGAAAGCUUUCCGAGCCUGGGGGUCAGAGAUGAAUUGUGAUACAAAUCCCUUGGAAGCUGGACUGGAAUAUUUUGUAAAGCUAAAUAAGCCAGCGGACUUUAUAGGAAAGCAAGCACUGAAACAGAUUAAAGCCGAGGGGCUGAAACGGAGACUGGUCUGCCUCGCCUUGGCAACAGACGAUGUCGAUCCGGAGGGAAAUGAAAGCGUCUGGCACAAUGGGAAGGUGGUUGGCAACACGACCUCUGGAAGCUACAGUUACAGCAUCCGGAAGAGUCUGGCUUUUGCAUACGUCCCUGUAGAGCUAAGCAAGGUAGGACAACAAGUGGAAGUUGAACUUUUAGGCAAACAUUACCCAGCAACCAUCAUACAAGAACCCUUGGUACUGACGGAACCAACCAGAAACCGGCUCCAGAAAAAAGGUGGAAAGGACAAAAUUUGAAAAAGAUCUUCAGCAGUCAACUGAGCUAUGUGUGCAAAAUUAUAAUUGAUUUGCAAGGAAACAGGGAAAACCAAGGAUUUAUUUCAAAAUCAUCACAAUCUAGACUUAGAACCUUAAAACCUGUCUCCUCUUUUCUUUGGAAGAUAGCAUAAAGGAUUAGUGCUUUACAUUGUUCCAGAUGAAAAAAUUAGAAGAGAAUGCUUUUAGUAUCCUAUAUUGUUGCUUAAAAAAUUCAAUCAGUAAAACAUUUAGGUGUUUGCUAAUAUACAAUUAUUAUUGCAAUAGAAUUAGAGGACAUUAUAUCAUUUCAUUUUAUUUUUAAAGAUAUUAUAUAAUUUUAGAAACAUAUACAUAUGGUUCUUAUUACCUGAAAACCAAUUAAUAAAUUAUGUUUUACAUAAAAAUAAAUGCAAUACUGUUAAUGGAUUCACUGCAUUGAGAAACAUCUUCUUAGUUGAUGAAGAAUAAUUUUGAUUUUUUAAUAUAUCUUCGAUGAAAACAGUAAAAUUUAAUGCUGAUAUAUAACAUUUUAUUCAGUUUUCUGAAAUAUUUAUUUUCUUGAUGACCUCCCUGAAAGCAGAUUUAUGGGACAUUAUUAUUGUCUUUUCAAAGGUUGUUUUAGAAGAGAACUUGCAAAAUAAAAAACAGUUUUUCAAAGGAAGCGAUACUUGUAAACCUUCUGAAAUGAAACUGAACUAGAAAUAGACUGUGGCAGUACAGACACAGUUUGAAUACUGAACACCUCUCUCUGGGAAGAGCUAAUGCAAGCUGACAUCACACUGUGCUGUUCUGAAUAUCAUUUCACAAAGCACUUGACAAAACAGCUCAGACAAGAGCUUACAGGCUUAUGGGAUCACCCUUAGCACUGAGCGCAGCAAGAAAAAAAUCCAUUUAGAAAUAAUUCUUUGAUAUACUUCUUGAAAUCAUUUGGGUUUAGUUGACUGAGUAAAUCACAUUUUUGGUAAAAGGUACUUUUUCAUUUAUAAUUUAUUAUACACUGGUUAAACAUUUAUUGAACUUCUCCUAGGUAUUAAAAAAAGAUGAAUGUGAAACAUGAUGAGAUUUUGUAAUUAAAAUAGAUUUUCAAAUAAUUUCUUGCAAGUUUUGAAAAAAUGUCUAGUUUGUAUUUUAAAUAUUUCAUAAAAGUAAUUACAUAUUAGAACACUUCAACAUGACAUUCAUUUCUCUUUGGUAUGUCCUUUUAAGUCAGAAAAGGAGGCAGUCCUUCUGGUAACCUUUCCUAAUUUUCAAGAAUUAUCCAGACCUUAUAUUUUAAUUCUGAUAUUAGGUGCACGUUAAUGGCUAUGGAUGGGAAUCAACAGGUCCCAGUUCUCAUUUUCUGCCUUUCUGUAGCCCUAUAACCUUAGAAUAUCUAUUUACUAUCUGUGGAUUCCUCUUCUGUAUAAUAGACUCUUCAAGGUUCUUUCUUUUCUCUUUCUCUCUCUCUUUUUGAUGCUAUAAUAACAAGAAGCAAUGUAUAGCAUUGAAUUCAUGUCAUACAGUUAAUAGAGCACUAAAACAGAUUCAUAAAAGAAUAGCAUGUUUAGAUGAAUAUUAAACAUGUAAAGAAAUCCUACCCACAGCAUGUUUAAAAAAUUUGUCCUGCUUUCCUUUAGAAGUUGCCCUCAUUCCUUCUUUUGUAUGUUAGGUGCUGUUAGGUCUUAUAGGUCACCCCAGCACUCCACUUCCACCCGUACUAGCUUUGGCAUCUGCCAAUCCAGAGGCUGACCAAUGACCUACAAACAACUUGGCUAUGGAAAGAUGACCCAAGUUCACCAGAACUUCUCUCAUGGUAAUUUGAAGUAUGACCCAUCAGGGAGUAAGCUGACUGGUCCUAAAAGCUGGAAAUGAAAGGAUGUGCAAGAAGCCUUGGGGCAAGGAGAGCUCCUGACAAGGAGAGAAGCCCUGAGAGAGGGGGAGAGCGAAAGACCAUUUCUUGAAGCUCUCUGCUCCUGAUGGCCUUUUGCCAGUUCUUGGGUGAGAGUGUUGACUCAAAAGAGCCUACUAAAACCAGUAGCUUCUGAAAAGUGAACCAUAUACUCAGAGAGGCCUCAAAGGGAUGGGCCCAGGAUUAGGGUCAGCUGUGAACAGCAAACAACCAGCAUGCCUGCACGUACCCUGGUGAUAUGCAGGAGCCGUGUCUACCGCUAAGGAAAAUGUUCCCCAGAAUAUGAUGGUGAAUGAUGGACGCUUUCUUCUAGAGCUUGGAAAGCUCCUUGGAACCGCAAAAGCACUUUCCGGUCAACACAUUAUCAAAACGUCUGUGGGCGUUUCAUUGCUAAUGGUCACAUCCUAACUGAUCUGUCUUUAUCCUUUUCUACAAAUAGGUAAGGUGACAGAAGUUUUUAAAGGCAGCUGUGUGAGACGUUAAGUAGCAGAAAGAUUAGAGUCUCCAAUUUUAGUAAGAGGAUUUUGUGCAUAUUUGAAUGGAACAAAAAGAAAGAUUGGCAUUAUUGGGAAAUGCAGCAGCCAUAAAAGGAAGAAAGUUUCAGUUACACAAAUAGCAUCCUUUAGCUAAGGUGUCAAAAAAGCAGAGGACAAAAGUUAAUUAUACUCUCUUCUGAUGAAUCUUCAUGUAAAAAUAAAAGUGAUCAUCCUGCUUUUGUUUAUCUCUCUGCCAUUAGAGAAUCUUUAGAAUAGAUGCUCUAUUGUGGGUUAUAAAGUGGAAACACAUUACUUAAUUAUAUUUUACCCAGGCCUGAUUUUUGUAAGUAUUAGCAUGUCAGGAAGCACAGAGGUGGCAAAGUGGUACAAAGGCUGCUGGUCUGAAUGCCAGAUGACUUGUUUUUCCCAGCUCUGCCACCAACCAAGCACAAACUGCAGACUCAUCUACUAAAGCCUUUCCUGUACUUAAAGUUCUAUGAGUAAUUACUUCCCUUAGUAAAGUAUUAUUUGCCUACACAAGUUCAUUGAGUACUUACUACAGGCCAGGCACUGGAAAAGCAAUGAAUAGACAUGGUCCCUGCCUUUAUGGAGCUUACAAAGUAGAGAGGUCAAACAUUUAAAACAACAACAAACAAUAUAUUUAGGGAGGUGUCAUGAAAGCUAAGGGGAGAGAAGAUUUUGAGAAGGAGAGGCUGGUAAACAGUGUCAAAGAUGAAAGAUGUCAAGGCUGAGAAGUGCCCCUUGGGUUAAGCAGCAGAGAGUCAUUGAUAUCAUUGACAUGAACUAUUUCAGGUGCUAGUGGGGGCAAAGCCGGACUGAGCUGAAAAAUGAAAAGGAAGGAGGGGAUGGGUUAAAGAGAGGGCACACAGAGUGUCACCAUCCAGGAGCAGCUUCCUAAUUAUGGCAGGUUAUAAAGGGCAUCAGAAGGCAUCCAGCUGCAAGUAAGAAAAUACCCCAUUAACAGCAGUUUACGCAAAUAUUUAUUUUAUUAAAUCACACAGCAAGAACUCUAGAGGUAGUCCCAAUGACACCACUAAGUAUCUCAGUUCCUUUUUUCCUACUCUGAAAUCCUGCUCCUCCAAAACACUUUUUAGUAUAAAUACUUUGUUGUUGGCAAUUGUCAAUGUUUUGUUGUCUACCUAUCUCUUUCAAAUUAGCACACUUAUGUUAUUUACCUUCAUAAACAUUGUACAUAUUCUACAUGGAAAUUAAUUUAAAGAACCCCGAUAAUAUUGUGAUAGGUUUGUAUGGUAACAGAUGUUUACUAGACUUAGUGUAGUGAUUAGAUUUUAAGGCAUAUAAAUGUCAAAUUAUUGUAUUGUAUACCUGAAACUAAUAAAAUAUUAUAUACAAACUACACUUAAAAAGAAACAACCCCAAGUUAUACCAUAGGCCCAUGACACUCAGACUCAGCUGCGUACAUUCAAUUUCAAGUGAGUCUUUAGUGCUGGAAUUGUUCAAGUUUCUUCAGGCAUAUCCAGGUCUUCAAAACCCACAGAACGUUAUCCUACAUUUAAACAGUAGGUUGGAAGUAAACAAGGACAGCAGAGUGAUUGUAGAUGCAAAGAAGCAGAAGUUCAGUUUCUUCAGUUCUGUCAUUCUAUGAGAUCACUUAGAAAUUCUAUUUAUGUUUAUUUAUAAUACAUUAUGAAACAGGGCAAAUUGGAGGUAUAAUAUUGUGUUCAGUAAGUAUAAAUUUGAAUUCAUACAUGAGUCUUACUGAUUUUGAAUAAUAUCUUUAAAAUUCAAAUUUCUGUUUUUAAUUGUUAACUGUGUGAACAACCAAAGAAAAAAACUAAGGAAAUAAAAUACUUCACAUAGGGCAUCAGUGGUAUAAUUUAAUAGUGACCUAAGUUAUAACUUUGCAGUAACUUAUUAGUUAGUGGACAAUUUUUUAAAAUUUUUAUUAUUUAUUUAUUUUUAAAGAUUUUAUUUAUCUUUAGAGGGGAAGGAAGGGAGAGAAAUAUCAAUGUAUGAUUGCCUCUUGUGCGUCCCCUUCUGGGAACUGGCCUGCAACCCAGGUGUGUGCCCUGACUGGGAAUUGAACCAUGAUUCUUUGGUGUGCAGGGCCCUGCUCAAUCCAGUGAGCUACACCAGCCAGGGCAGUGGACAAAUUUUUCACAUAAAAUAUUAUUAUAUCAGACUCUAAUCAAAGGAACAGCAUGCAGAAAUUGUGGACAAGGCAAUUAACUAGAAAAAAAAUCUAAGGAAAUGGUCAUUUAUUCAGAAAAAGCAAUCACAUUUCAAAGAAUGCUGGGAGAUACAACAAAAGAUGCUGGACUUAUGUUUCGAGGAGAAAUCAGUAGAGCAGCAUUUGCAUGCCUUAAUCUUUUUCACCAAUAAUUGGGCACUUGCUUUAAAGCAAUAGAUUAAAUGAUAUUAACGUUUGUUAUCAUUCACCAUUUUCUCUGACCUUAGAAGAUGAAGAAAAACUUCAGAAGUGUUUAGCAUAGAUAACAGGAAUAUGAUGAAUUUUGUGAUAAGAAUAUUUUAGAGGAAAAUUUUUAACUAAGAGACAUUUGAAACUUACUGUGAUUGGGCCAAAGGAACACAGACAUAGAGAGUGCUGCAUUUUCUGGAAGUUGUGGUUAAAGGACAUUUUUAUGAAUCUCUGCCAAGCUUAACAUUAUGUUUAAGUUUUUUUUCUAAUUAUUUGUACAUCUGUUGGUUAUGUAAAUUAAGAAGACUUGGAAAUUAAAAGCUUAAAAAAUGUUCUCUAAUCAACUAUGUACAAAGAUAACUUUGUAGGUUAGAAGGGAUUGACAAGAAUUACUCAAAGUCAUGAAAAGCAGAGACCUACAGCCAAGAUUGCUCUACCCAGCAAAGCUAUCUUCAGAAUCAAAGGGCAGAUAAAGAGCUUCCUAGUCAAGAAAAAACUGAAGUAGUUCAUUAUCACCAAACCCUGAUUAUAUGAAAUGUUAAAGGGACUUAUUUAAGGAGAAGAAGAAGAUCAAAAUUAUGAACAAUGAAAUGGCAAAAAAUACACAAAUCUAUCAAUAAUUGAAUCUGGAAAACAAACUAAGCAGACAAGAAGAACAGAGACAGAAUUGUGGAUACAGAGAGCAAUUUGAUGGUCGCCAGAUGCAAGGCAGUGUGAAGAGGUGAGGGGUGUAAGAAGUACAAGUAGCUGGUUACAGAAUAGCUGUGGGGAUGUAAAGUACAAUGUAGGAAAUGGAGUAGCCAAAGAACCUAAAUGCAGGGUGAAUGGACAUGAACAAUUUUUGGGGGGA